UGAAAGUGAUGUAGUGGGAUAGUACGAGAGUGAUGGAUUUCGGUGUUCAUUUUUAUUUUGUUCGAAAAUUUUUUAUUUUUGGUUGAUUGGAGAUGGAAGAAGUAAGGCAGUUGGUGCAGGAGGAAGGCAGAGAGGCGCGGAAUUUGGUAGCGUUCCAUGUCGCGGUAGACACGCCAGCUCGUGUGUCACGCAAGCCACCCCGAUCCGUUGCUCCCCCGGCCCGACGCGCUCCGCCUCGUUCAGCUGCAAGACUCCGCUCGGCCUCGGCCGGGAGGGACAAACGAUCAGAACUCAGAGCUCGAUACUGGGCACUGCUUUUUGGUGAUCUGCAGCGAGCUGUUGGUGAAAUCUACAACACAGUGGAAGCCCACGAAAACUUAAAUGAGUGCCAAGAAGUCAUAUUAGUAUUAGAAAAUUACACACGCGAUUUUAAAGCGCUAGGCGAGUGGUUUCGCUUAAAAUGGGAAUACGAUAAUACGCCACCACCACAACGUCCUCAGAGUCUGGCAUGGGAGAUCAGGAAGACGGAUUUUGUUCGUCCAGAAUCCCGUCGUGCUUAUUCUGUUAAGAGCUCACCAUCAGUGUCUGGCAAAAACAGUCCAUGUUUCUCAGGACACAAUACUCCAAGUGGGAAAAACAGCCCCGUCACAGGCAAAGCUAGUCCUGGCAGUGGUAAAAUAAGCCCAAGAGUAUCAGGGCAUACAAGUCCAAAAGCAAAUAUUGAAUUCUUCAGCAAUAAGAUUGCGUCUAAGAAUGCGACGAAACCUGAGCCUAAGGCUGCUAAAGAAGCUCCGAGACUCUCUGAUAUCAAAGAAAAAGAUUUCAAAGAAAAUUCUGAGGACAUAUACUCAAAAGUGGAUACUGUUUUGCUGAAAAUUGACAAUGGCAAUGAAAUUGAUCCUAAGCCAUUGGUCGAGUUAGGUAAAGCUAAAGAGUGCCCUAUCACGAUCCCUUUGCAAGUUGUAAUAAAGUCGCCUAAAAAACAACCCAAAGGAACCAAUCAAAUUGUUAGCAAUGAUGAGUUGUCAUCUCAAGCAAAGAUAACUACAGCUCAACUAGAUGCCAUUGAAAACGAAUUUCUUGCAAAACAACUUUUAGAGAAUGAAGUUAAGAAUGAUAAUAUGGUUAACGGAGAUAAGGAGAUUGAAGAGAUUGCCAAAGUAGAAAUGAAAGAAGAUCCAUUGGAGAAAACUGAGCAGAAGGUUAAAGAGAAAGUUAUAGAAAAAGACAGCAGUUCAACUGAAUCCCCAGCAAAAUCUGAAGAUAAUUUCGCAGAUGUUUCAAAUGGGAGUUCUCAAAAUGCUAGUGAUAAUUCAACUAAAGAAACUGAAGUACAGAUAACACCACCUAAAGAAAUACCUGAAAACAUAUCAGAUGUGAAAAUGGAAGACGAGAACUCACCAAACGUCGCCGAUAAAGUUAAUUGCAAUUCCGAUACUUCUACUGUACCGGAAUACAAUAAAGAUGUACAAAUAAAAGAUGAUAAUGAAAUUAAAGACGAGAAAAACGAUGAAUUUAAAAAGCUAGAACUUAAACCUGAUGUCAAAGCAAUUGUUGAAUUAAAAGCAGUUGAAACCAAACUGAAUUCGAGACCAGCAUAUUCACAAGCUGCAGCGAAACCUAAGCAAGUGACAGCUAAACCUGAAGUAAAAAUGCCAGUGAAAUCUACUACUUCAAUCGUUAGAAGCAAAACAGUUGUUGAAAUGCCUAGUUCUGCUCCGAAAACUCGUCAAUUCCCAAAAAGAAAUCAAACUAGUAAAUGCAGCUACCCUUUUAACUUGACAACGGGAAGAACUAGCCUUUUUGACACUACGCCUUCGCCUUCUACAAUCAAAUCUGUUGCGAAAAAACCUUCAGGAAGAAAUUCUCAAAUAGGUUCUGGUGAUAACAAAAUCAAUCAAAGUAAAAUUGAUCCGAAAAAACAUCCUCCCAGACCGAUGUCUUUGAAGAUCAACGAAAAAGGGGAUAAAAAAGAAAAAGCUAAUCCAGCUUUGGAGAAAAUUAAAGAUUGUGAUGAAUACAGCAGUUCGGAUACAAUUGUCACUCAGAUUGAUAUGUCCAGAAUUGAAUCUAGCGAAAGCUUGAAAACUUUAGUACCAGAAGAGUUGCAAAUGAUUCAAGAUGUCGCAAAUUCCAUCGAAGUGUUAAACGUUGACAACAAUAAAAACGAUAACGAAGGCUGGCUUACUGUGAAAUCUAGACGAUUAAGUCGCGAGUCCAAGAAACAGUCAAAAUCUCACUGGGUCAACAGAUUUCAUCAACCAUCAGCAACAACUUCAUUGCCCACUUUAAACAUGAUAGAGUCACCAAAACAAGAAACAAAACCUAUUACAAAGUCUCCUAAAAACACCAAAUCUGAUCAUGCCAAAUCAGAACAACCUGAAAGAUUAGGCAAGCCUGUCAAAGUUGUCAAAGUAACAGUGAAACCAAAAGCAGAGAGAGCAAAAGAUCCUGCUAUGAUUCGUCAAAAAUCUGACGUCACUGGUCUUAAGACGCGUUCAUCAAGAAACAAAGUUACGAAGAAGGAGAAGAAAGAAUCGAAAAAUGACGGCGAAUUAACGAUUAAUCGUUUGCAUUCCUCCCUUGAGAGCCUUACAACAGGAUUAGCAAGAUCCCAAGAAAGUACCGAAGAUGCUUUUGACUUUGACAAAUGGAAAGCCGAAUUUAAGUUUACCUUCAAAUAUUUGGACGAAGAUGAUCAGAUUCAAAAUCAUAAUGAGAUUUUAAAGACUGCUGAUCCAUCUGAAAUGUCAGAAAUAGCUGAAAUGACGUCUCAGAUUGAGGAAAAUGAGCGUAAGAUAAGCUUGGCGUUGGAUUUCCAGUCAGAAGUCGAUCAAAGAAAAUUGUGUGAGGAAGAAGAUUCGCUGAACAGACAAAUCAUGGAGUUGCAACAAGUUUCUGAUAUUGAUUUGGAUACAGAGACUGACGACACUGAGACAGAUGCAGAAAUCCUUUGCGAAGACACAAACAUUGGGGUACCGACUUGUUCAUCACCAGAGAACCUCGGAGCUUUAGCUGCCAGUCUUGAAGAGCAAUAUGAGACUGCAUUGGCUGGAAUGUCUUGGGCGGAAAGGGUCGACACUCUGGUGGUUUUGGAAUCUUUGGUUGCCAGAGACCCCGGUCGCGCUCAACAAUUGCACGCUAAGCUUUCUCAAGGCAUAAAACGGAGAGGCAGUCUUCAAGAUGCUCUUAGAAGUUAUCAUACUAUCGUUUAUAAGUGUAAGGAACACAGUACAUCUUUAUGUGGUCCUUCGAGCCGGAUUGAUAUUGCAGUCGCAAAGAAUCAGUUGAUAGACGAGAAACGUUUCAGAAUGGAGAGGAGACUUCAGAAGGCAGCGGAGAACAGGGAUCAACAUUUAAAGGACAUAGUCCGCAAAGCGCACGAUGAGGAAGAGAAACUCCGCGAGAUCGCAUUCAUCAAACAACUUGAAGCUGAGAACAGAAGACAUGAAUUUUUGGACCAGUGCCGCUCACAUACCACGCGGUUGAGGCUCAUGAGACGAGAUCGACUCAAUAAGUUGGAGCAGAAGGCGGCGCGCGAGGCGGCCGUGGGGCUGCGGCGCCAGGCGCUGGAGGAGGCGCGGCGCCUGCACGUGCAGACGCUGCUGGAGCGCCGGCGCGAGCGCGACGCGCGCCGCCGCCAGCUGCAGGAGCUGCGCCGCCAGCAGCGGGGCGACGCCGCGCGCGAGAAGGCGGAAGGCGUAAAAUCCCGCCUAUCAGCGCUGGCAGCCGCUGCCGAACUGGAAGCGGACGCUCUACGAUCCCGUAUCAGAGACAAGCAAGACGCCAGUCAACAACGCCUGGACAAGCAUCUGCAGGCCAUUAGGGAGAAAGCUACGGGACCUAGGCAGAACACAACAUCGGAGAGUCAAGAUCAGAAAGACGAAGAACAGAACGAGGCCGAACGGCUCGAGCAGGAGCGGAAAGAAAGAGAAAAACAAAAGGCGAUCAAGAAGAAAGCCAGGAAAGUCAAGCAGAAGUUAAUGGCUAUGAGCUGCGAACCAACAGGCGAUUCGGCAGUCCCCGAUUCAAUUCAACACACAUAUAAAAUGCACAAAGCAUUACAUCAACUUACAAGCAUUUUAAUGCCCCUCCUGGAAGAAAGCGGUAAACCAAACCACGUUGCAGAUGAAAACGACAAAAACAAAAAGAAAAACAAGUCUAAUAACAAUAAAUUAGUCAAUGGCAAUGAUACCAGUAAAAUAAAAAAUAAAGACACGGAAAACGACAACAAAGCCGUUAUAAAUAACGACACCGUUUUAAAUAACGGAAAUGCCGUUACUGUUAUGUAUAACGUUGAGAAUUUUAACAACAAUAACCACACUGACGUUAUUAUGGCUGAUGAAGUGAAGACCGAGAACGGCAAGAAGAAAAAUAAAAAACACAAAAAUCAUAACGAGAAAGACAAGCCGAAGUUAAGCAAGAGCAGUUCUGUUUGUAGUUCACUGAGUGAUAUGAGCAAAGCGAGCAACAAAGGCGAGAAAAAACCCCAAAUGAAUAUAGACGCGAUGUUUCUAGAGCGUCUAUUGAAUGAAUUGCAUAGGAUUGUUGAGAAAAUCGACUUGGUGAGUCAACUUAAAUAUUCCCAGUCGCGCGAGCAGCAGGCGUCUGUGGUAGCGCAGAAGCGGGUAUGGCUUAAGACUAUCAACUAUCUGAUUGCCGUGCCUGCUGAGCGGGACGACUUGGCUUCACAGUUCUCCGCCAAGUGCCUCACAACAGGCGUGAUGAUUAUAUCGCGUCUGAUCUCCCAGUGCGUGGAAACCGCCACCUACCUCCUCACCACGAACCUCGCCGUGCACCUCAUCAAGCUUCUCAGUGACCAGAUGGGUACAGAACGCGCAUCAGCUCUACAAUCCCUCCGCGUUGCCCUUGGCACCAGCCUGUGUGGCGCUCGAGCAGAGUUCUGCAUGCUCUUCGCGCAAGAUUCGGACUAUCAGACAGCUUGCGACGGCUUCGUCAGAGCUGCUCGAACUGCUGACUUCUUGAGGACUGUUGCUGAGAUGGACCAUCAUAUUAUUCAGUUCGCCUUGUUGAAUUCUCCAGUGACCAGGAAGCUGGCUGCUACUUCUAUCAAAGAAUAA